ACUGGGCUGAUUGGCUUCUUACAAAGUAGCCUACCAAAAUCUUUCCAGGAAGUGUUCCUGAAGCGGUCGCUGGAGUGAUUCAUUAGUAGUUUGCUGGUGUGACAGUUCGCAGCCCGCUGCUAGUAGCUAACUAAAAGGGUAUUUGUAGCUAGCUAUGUCUGAACAACACUGUCAGUAGUUAGAACUUGAUGUGGGGAAUUGGAAAUUAAAACGAGGAAUGUAUUCAUCAACGGGUUUGUAAAUCCCUGCCUUGGAGCAUCCAAAUUGUUCCCAUGGUUCCCGUUGUGUCCGAGUCUCACAGCCAUGUGCUGGCAGAAUUUGAUUGCCUUGACCCUCUACUCUCUGCCCUACGUCUAGACUCUGGGAGACUUAAGUGUACCUGCCUGGCAGUGUCGAGGAAGUGGCUGGCGAUUGGGACAUCUUCAGGGGGACUCCACCUCAUCCAGAGGGAUGGCUGGAAACAGAGACUCAUCCUAACGCACAAGGAGGGUUCAAUCACACAGGUGGCUUGUUGCCCACAUGAUGAAGACUUCAUUGCCGUGGCAACAAGUCAGGGGCUGUUGGUGGUCUGGGAGCUGCAGCUGGAGCGACGUGGGCGUCCAGAGAGAGUGAGUGUUUCCUGGGAGCACAGGGCACAGGCCGUCACCUCCCUGUGCUGGGACACCACUGCCUUGAGGGUGUUUGUCGGGGACGCCGGAGGCAAGGUGUCCUUUCUCCGUGCAGGAUCCUCCAAACUCGGAAAGGGGUCAGCGUUCGUGAUCUUCCCGGUGCAGACCAUCACCACGGUGGACUCUCGAGUGGUGCAGCUGGGCUACGCUGACGGCCGUCUCCUGGUGUCUUCCCUGAGCCGGUGCUACCUGUGCGACACAGAGAGGGAGAAGUUCUGGAGGGUUGGAAACAAGGAGCGAGAUGGAGAGUAUGGGGCCUGCUUCUUUCCUCAGAGCCGAGGGCUGGCGGGGGGGCAACCCCCCCUGCUCUACUGUGCACGCCCAGGGUCUCGAAUCUGGGAGGCCAGUUUCAGUGGAGAGGUGCUCAGUACUCACCAGUUCAAGCAGAUGCUUGCUUGCCCCCCUGUGCCCCUGAUCAGUUACCGGACUGAGCCCCAAUACAGCCAUGUGCAGAGGACUCCCCAGUCCGUGGCCUUUCCUAAACUCUUGUGCCUUGGAGACCAGCAUCUGCUGACCUGGACUGACUCUGCUAUAUACAUCUUCACACCUCAGACUGGCCAGGUGCUUCUGUGGUCAGAGGUCAAAGAUGUAGUGGAGGUUGCCGUCUACCGCAGUGAGCUCUUCUGUCUCUAUGGGGACGGGCAUCUGUCUCACCUCUCGCUGCUGUCUGCCGAGCGCUGCGUGGAGCGGCUGCUGCGGAGGGAGGCCUGGGUCGCUGCUGCUUCCGUCUGCUGCAUGUUUCAGCACACCAUCGCCCCCAGCAGGGUGCGUAAAUCGAUCCCCGUCGACCGCCUUGACCACCUCAGGUCACAACUCAGUUCCUCAACACACUCCGAUCUGAUUGGCCAGUUGGAGGAAGUGAUCUCGAAACUAGAGCCUCUGGAUUCAGCUUCCAGUAGUCGCAGAAGCAGCAUCUCCUCUCACGAAAGCUUCAAUGUCCUGGAUUGUGGAAUCUAUCGUGUCAUCAGCCGCAGAGGAAGCCAAUCGGAUGAAGAGACCAGCUCCCUUGUCAGCCAAUCCAUGUUGGAGGAGGAGCGACUGAAGGAGUUUAGUUUUGGGCAGGAGGAAGACCAGGUAGACCAUGAUCACCAGAGCAGUGAGCGUGUGGAGGGGGAGCGAUCUGAGCCCAGCCUGCAGUUCCAUCUCCCUCUCUCAUUCCGCCCUAAACCCCCCCGCAUCGCUCUGCAGGCCGUCAGAGACAGUGUGUCGAGCUUUGUGAAGAAGACGACUGAGAAGAUCAACACCCUGCAGAUGAACUCGGAUAUCUGGCCCCGGCCUGACCACAGGGAGGGGGGAGUACAGGCUGAGCUCGUUCCCUCCUCCGCACCACUUCCUGAAGAGCCGGAACACGAGGCAUCCGUCAGUCAACCGAACACGGAGAAUGACCUUCAAGAACUUUGCACCGCUACAGAGCGAGCUGCCUUCCUGAUCCAGGACCCGCUCGUUCUGCUGGACCCGGCAUGCUUAGGUGAAGCCCUGGAGGAGUGGCUGCCUGUGCUGGAGAGGGUUUUAGGACCUCCUGUUGAAGGACACCUCGGUGUGGAGGGGUGGGAGAGGGACCAUCCAGACUGUGAGGACCAGUCCCCAUCGCUGGAAGAACCGCCCGCGGACCAGGGCGAGGAGAAGGAGGGUCCAGAGGAUUCCCCAGCGAGUGGCGAGGAAGGAAACCAGAGGUCAGAUCAUCUCCGUCCUGAAGGCGGCGGCGAGGAGGCGGUGCCUGUGACGUCAAACGGUGCUCCCUCAGAGCCCAUUGUCGUGCGGCCCCCCAAACCCCUGCCCCCCGACCUCCAGGUGCAGCUCGGACCUCUGGCCACGCUGUUUGUGGAGACGCGCUGCUUCAGAGGGAUGCUUAAGCACCCGGGGGACGGGGGUCACACAGGGGUCACGACCUUCAUGCGCCGCUACUUCUUCCUGCUGGAUCUGGAGCGUGUGAGGAGGAUGUGUGUGCUCAGUUUCCAUGACCAGCCUGAGCUCCAGAGCUCCUUCAUGGAAGCCAUGCUUGAACUGACGCAGUCUAACAAGGUGGUGGAGGUGAUUCACAAAGGGGAUCUGCUGAAGUCUCUGCGCAGCUUGAGAGAGUUACAGCCCUGGAGCACUCCUCAUCUCCUGGCUCACCUCCACAGGUUGUAUGAGAAGCAUGGGGAGGUGGCAGUGCGCUCCUUCACCCAGUUCUAUCCCGCAGUCCUUCCCUCUGACAUCAUGACCAUGGCCCAGCCCAGCCAUUUCCUGGCGUACCUCGACAAUCUUGUGCAGUCGCGUGCUGAGGAACAGCUCAGAUUGGCGUUCCUGGGCUCCCUCCUCCAGCCCGAGUCUCUGCGUCAGGACUGGCUCCAGCUGGCGCUAUCCCACAAUGCUCCCCAACACUCUGACACCCUGACCUCAGAUGGGCAUCCCAGGUGGCAUUCGCAUUUUUUCUCAUGGGGGUAUGGGCGCUUCCUUUCUCUCCUGAUCCGUCUGCCAGCUGACCUGGACUCCAAGCAAAACAUGGCUGAAACCUGCAGGACAAACGGAUACUGGACUGGCUACCUGUACCUGUGUUGUGAGCUGCAGCGUCGCUCAGAGGCCUUCUCUGCUAUCUGCAGGCUGGAUGACAUCAGUCUGCUCGAGGAACCCAACGGUGUGGUGCCCCAGACCCUGGAUGAAUGGAAGACUGUGAUCCAGAUGUCCCACCAGUGUAGCAGGUCGUUGCAGCAGGCCCAGGCAUGCGCCGGGAGAAGCCUGGCUAACGGCUCCUUGGACAGCAGCAACCAGCUCAGCCCAGAGAGCCUGACUCUGAGGCUGGCUAGGGCGGUGGGGCCGGACCGGGCCCUGGCGGCCCUGCAGGAGUGCGGGGUGGAGGUGGAGCUCAGGCCCCACUCCGCCCUGGUCUGUGAGCUGCUGAGGGUAGCAGAGAAGAGGCAGAGGGCCCUGAUCCAAACCAUGCUGGAGCGUUGUGAUCGGUUUCUUUGGUCCCAACCCGCCUAGCUGGUCCAAGGCAGAGGCCCUAGCCGCUGCCCAAAGCCACUUCAUAAACAAGCUAACUUGUUCUUAAUUUGACAGUGCCUAUUAACUUCAAUGUCCUAAUGUAGGAUUGCGCUUUCUUCAGUGUUCUGAUCCAGCAAAUGUCUUCCAAAUGAAGAGUGAUAUUGUAUAUGCUUUGACUAACCUCUAUCAUUGACUUCUUAUGGCUGAACUGUUAUUGCAACAACAACAAAAAAGCACAUGACCAUUGAAUGAAUUUAAUCAAAACUGUUUAAUUUAACUAUGCUAAUCUAUUCAUAUUUAUUGGAAUAAAGUAUUUGAACUUUGA